AUGUCCACAGGAAAUUUGGGGAUUCACUGGUGUUCCACCCGUUCCAUCUUCAUAUACCACGACGAAGUUCAGGUGCAUGUCUUACCACUUGCGCGGGGGCUUCUCUCCCAAGUUUCUGCCCGUGCAUCUAUCACUGCCCUGCCGCUUGCCACUGCAACCGGCACGGGCUUCAAGUAUAUUCGGUCCAUCGACGGAUGCGCUCUGGGUACCGGUGAUGGAAAGGAUGCCGCAAAAGCCGUAAUAGAAAGAUAUAUCGCACGCUGUCUCUUCCGUAAGUUGUCGCGGGAGAUAUCUAAAGAACACUGCAACGGUCCUUUCCGGCUCUACUGCGAUGACCUUCGUCCCGACAACAUCCUGGCGGAUUCAGAUCUUGUCGUCACGCGGGUUCUUGACUGGGAGUUUGCCUAUGCUGCCCCUGUUGAGUUCACGUAUGCUGCUCCUUGGUGGCUCCUGUUAGAGCGCCCAGCGGAUUGGGAGCCUGACCUGGACGAGUUCUUGGUGCGCUUGGUGCCAAGAUUCUGUUCUUUCCUUGAUGUGCUCAGAGACUGUGGAACAAGGAUGAUUGAGUGUGGUUCUUUGUCAGAAUCCCAGCGGCUAUUAAUCUCCAUGGAGAAGUUAUUUGACUUAGGGCUGUUUUGGAUCUGUCUUGCUUCACGGCACAGCUAUAUGUUUGAUGAAAUUUAUUAG